AGUGAGGGAAGGAGGCUGAGUGUGAGUGGGAGCAGGCAGGCAGGCAGGGAGGGAACACUCCACACGGGCUGUGGAGCUUCUUGUCGCCGGCACAAAAAAAGUGACGAGAGUCGGGCGGGGAAAGUGUCACGUCAGCCGCCGUGUGGAGGUUUGGACGCCAACAUGAGCGAACGCUUCCUUUCUGGCUCCGGGAGAGGACCUUACCUGCACCAUCAAGCCGCAGGUGUGUGAGUCUGUGCCCGGCAACUUUGAAGAGGCUCCCGCCGGCGUGGAUGUGGAACUAUGGACGGACUGACAGCCUUGCUGGUCUUCCUGUGGAGUGUUCAAGGUGACACCCACAAGGUGGAAAUCCCCCAGGAAGAAAUGGAGGUGGUCAAGGGCCAGAUGGUGGUGCUGCAUGCCUGGUACACGCCCAUCUCAGACAUCUCCAAGAACUCUGUCAUUUGGCACUUCACGGGGAAUCAGUCCAAGCAGGUGAUCAACUUCAGCUCAGGUGAGGUGGGCCACGGCCAGAACGAGUUCACCAAGAGAGCGGGCUUCAGCGCCGCCAUGCCCUCCGCCAACCUCUCCAUCUUCAUCAACAACACCCAGGAGUCCGACUCUGGACGCUACGUGUGCAACGUCAUCAUCCCCGGGGGCGCCGGCAUUUCCGGACAGAUGCGCCUUAAUGUCAAAGUCCCCCCCUCCCCCCCUGUGUGCACCAUGACAGGCGAGCCGGUCGUCAACGGCAACGUGACUCUGAGCUGCAAGUCCGACCACGGAAAGCCGGUCCCUCAGUACAAGUGGACCAAGUCCGCCCCCAUGUCGGAGGUCUUCUUCUCGCCAAUGCAGAACGAGAGACAAGGCACCCUGCGGCUCAGCAACCUGACCAAGAGCAUGUCUGGCAAGUACAUCUGCCGAGCCAGCAACACAGCCGGCUCUGACAGCUGCUCCAUUAACCUGGAGGUUAUCACCUCGUCCAACGCCGGCGUGAUUGCGGCCGCCACCCUCGGGUCCAUGGUGGGACUGGUCGCCAUGGCGAUCUUCCUCAUAUUCCUUCUGAGGAGGAGGCGGGACACCGAGGAGGAAACGGCCAAUGAGAUCAAGGAGGACGCCCAGGCCCCAAAGCGAGUGUCCUGGGCAAAGAGCAACACGGGUUCAGACAUCGUGUCCAAAAACGGCACGUUGUCGUCCAUCGCCACCAGCCCUCGCCCCGGGGACCACCAUCACCACCGUCAGCCCAACUUCCACUACCCCUACACCCCGUCGUCCACCACGGACACGGGCUCCGUCAUCAACGCCUACCAGCUGCGACCCGGCGAGGCCGCCACCCUGCAGGGACUCCCGGGCUACAACGCGGGCGGGACCCCGUCGCGCAAACACAAGCGGCCCCCAAGCGCUAACGGAGCCCCUCCCCAGGUCCUCCGCGGCCCCCCGGUGGCCGUGCCCGACCGGACUGAAGGGGCCCAGCCUCAGAUGCCGCCCCCCUUCACGGUGUCCCCGCAGGCCAGCGCGUCCACGCUGACCCGGGCGGGCACGGUGGCCGUCAUGGUGCCUGCUCACAGCCAAGCGGGCUCCCUGGUGUAGCGUGGCGUGUUUGGAACAUUUGCCUUGUUGGAGGAAAACCAUUUCAAAGCUUGUUUGUGCUUCUUUUGCCGACUCUGCACAUUUUCUUUUUCUACUGACGUUUGUUUGGAACACUUGUCGUAUUUGAAAAAGGCGCAGCAUCCAACAUCCAUUAGUCCCCCCCCCCCCCAUCGGUCAUCGUUAUUGCUGACGUUUUGAACGUUUUUGCGUUGGACUACUCGACUUCUCUCAGGCUAAAAGGCUCCAAGUUCAGAGCAAAAACCACCACAAAUAAAAGUACAAUUCAGGUUUUUCUAAAAGGAUUUGAUUUCAAUUUUAGCUCUGGUUUGUCGUUACCUGUGACGGUGGAUGGAAUGUAACCAAAAACAACUUUGCUGGUUGAUUUAUGACAGUUAAUGUAUGAGGACGUGCUUGGAUGAGGGACAUCCCAUAAUGCACUGCUUUGUGCAGGCUGACAGCCUUGUUUGUCUAGUAGAAUUUAUACGGAAUGCUUGGAGAAUUGACAAAAAAAAAACAACUAAACAGUGUUACAGUAUUUGUAAAUGUUGGACAGCUACAUGUAGCAUUUGAAAUGCAUUUUUUUUCCAAUAAAAGUGUUUCAUUACA